UUUUUGAUGAUAGCCUAACGUAAAAGUAGUUUAUCUACCUAAAGUAAAUAGAAAUACAUAUAGCUAACACAACAGCAUAUUCAGCUUUCGUCUUCACAGACAGAACAGCAAAAUUUUGUGCAUGCAAUGUAAAAGAAAUACAAUAAAGCUUCUUAGUUUAUAAAUAUCCUUUGAUAAUUUUAGGUAUGCCUGUUUACAGACAAAAAUUUCGGUGGGCUCCUAUCCUCUUCUCUGCUCUGGGUUAACAUAAUCAAAUUUUGAACAUCGAAACAAAAAACUUUUUAGGGAAAUAAGGGAAUCCGUGACCUAAAAGGGACAUUUAAUUUUCAUUUUAAAAUAAAAACAAAUUUCAAUUUUUUUAUCAAUUUUUCUUUUUUAAUUCAAUAAAAAAAAAAAAAUUAAACUCAAUUUUCGUUUUUCGUUUUCAAAUCAAAAAACAAAAAAGGAACUUCAUAUUUUGGCAAAAAAGUACGCUCUCCUUCGCAGACGUUUUUCUUCUACGAACCCAAGGAUUACUUUGGGUCAUUUGGUGCUAAAAAUCCCAAAAUGUAAUAUCAAUUUCUAAAUUUCUGAUUUUUAAGAGAAUUUUAAAUUUGAAAAUUAAAUCAAAUUUCGUUUAAAUCAAAAAUUGAAUUUUAAGUUCAAUUUUUGAUUUUUAAUUUGAAUCAAAAAUUGAAAUUCAAGUUCAAUUGUUAAUUUUGGUUUAAAUAGAAAAUUGAAAAUUUUUAACUCGUAUAUGCCUAAAAGAGAAACAAAUCAUGUGACAAGUCAUGUGAUAAUUCUGGCCUAUCAGAUCAAUUGACGUGAAGUGUAAAGAGUUGUAUAACAUUCGUAGGAUUCAGUUAAAUGUUGUUUGUCUUACCACAGAAACAGAGAUGAAUAAAAUUUUUACUGAAGAAAUUCUUUCUUUUUUUUCUCAAAAAAAAACUUAUGAAGAAAUAAGCAAUAUCUUGCAGUCGCGAUAUCCAGGAGAAAGAGGUUAUUCCGUAAAGUCAAUAAAACGGUAUUGUAAAGAAAAUGGAUUGUCGCCAAGGGUUUCACAAGCCCAUUUAGAACAGAUUGUAGCAACGGCAGUUCAAGAAGUUGGUCCAACGUAUGGGAGGAAAAUGAUGACCGGGUAUAUUGCUAUUAGAGACAAUAUACGUGUUAGCCAUAAUAGAGUUGGACGAGCUUUAGCAAAAGCUGCACCCCAAAACCACCAGAGAAGACGCACUGACACCGCACGAAUGGUUAACCCAAUACCUUAUCGGGCCGAUUACUUUGGUCAUAAAAUUCACUAUGAUCAAAAUGAAAAGCUUGUUAUGUAUGGGGCUACACAUGUCAUUGCCAUUGAUGGUCAUUCUCGCUUCAUUGUCGGCUACUCCACCAUGCCAAUAAAAAACAACGCUCUUAUUUACGAUGAAAUAUACAGAAAAGCUGCUAUUGAUUAUGGUAUCUUUCAUCAAGUGCGUACGGACUGUGGAAAAGAGUUUUUUUUAAUUCUUGGAAUCCAGGAACAUUUUCAGCAUCUUCGCGGUCGAUCAGAUAUUUUGCCAUACAAGCAAACCCAAUCAAAGAAGAACCUCCCUAUCGAAAGAAUUUGGCCAGAGGUGAACUCGCGGGUAAAUUAUCCGGUAAAAAAAAUACUGGUAGAAAUGGACAACAGCAAUACUAUCAAUAUGGAAGAUGAAGUUCAAAAAUUUUGUGUGUCAUCCAUUGUAUGUCUGGUGACUGGUUUUGGUGUCAAUCGAGUUGUUUCAGCGUGGAAUGAACACUCAAUACCAGGUAGAGGUGUUCCGUCAGUAAUAAAAGAAAAUACUAACAGAUUGACACCGUUAUCCGUUGAAGAAUUGCCCCCAAAACACGAAGCUGUUCAGCUGUAUGAACAAGUGUACCGCGGUACAUUGUCGGAAGAGCACACCUUCGGCCAGGAUCCGCUUGCAGAAAGACAGCAAAAAUUGGAAGAAAGAGAUCAGAGCUUUUUCCAACAUUUUUCUGUUGAAGAAAUAUUUUCCGAAUGUGUUAACGAACGACCACAAAUGUUGAGAGAAGCUAUCCUUUUUUACAUAAAUAAAACUGUAACCUUAGCCCAAUUGUAACCAUACUCAUGACGUUGUAUGUAAUAACUAACAAAUAUUAAAACUAACGAAAA